AUGACAUUUGAUAAAUUAUAUUGUGAUAAGGGUGAAGAUAUCAGUAAUGUUGAAGAAGAACACAAAUAUAAUAGCAGGACAUUAAUUGUCUUUGAGUCCAGACCAAACGAAAUUGAUACGACCGGAAAAAAAUAUAUUUUCCAGAUUAAAGGUGAAUGUUAUCCGCCACAACGUCGUUCAACUACUCUCAAAAAUCCACAGAUUAACCAACUUAACUUAUCUAACGAUACACGCCCUAUCGUACGAAUAUCAGACAAGAAUACAAAUAUAAUAGCAGAUUUAAAUGUCUUUGAGCCCGAAAUGCAAUACGCAACAGCAAAAGUUUUGAAGGAUCUAACCAUUGAUAUUCCACUGCCGACACUCAAAGAACUCCUGGAAAUGAAAAUGAACAAUUUAUCUCCGAAAACCUCUUUGGUUGACAAUCAACUCAAUAAAAGCGCAUUUGGAUUGUUUCUACUUGCAUUUGAGAACGAAAUUUAUAAACAAACAAGAUUGUCCGCAAAAUUGUGGGGUAAUUUUGCAGCGACCGGAAGGGAAACUUGGAUAAAUGCAAAUGAGGCAUAUCGAGGUGCUUUUGAUAAAUUGGUUAUUGAACUAAAUUCUCAUGUUGAAUAG